UGCGUGCUCUCCGCUGUGAUGUGAAAAUUUGUGCGAUGGGAAAACUAUUUGAUCCACAUGUCCUAUCAUCAGGAGUAUCGAAUCCGUCUACCUCCGGCCUUCAAACGCAAGACAGUAUGAAAACACAUGACGAAGAAGUCAAUACAGGCAGAGAUAAGGACAAUAAGGAGGCAUGUGUGUCCGACUGGCUUUCGGGCGGACCCCUGGGCUCCAAAGGUGUGGUCCUCGUGUUCCGAUCAUGUGUCCUGGCCUCCCGAACUCCCUCCAUGGAAUCCACCACCAAAUCCACCGGUCAAAACACAGGCACCGCUAUCUUAUUAAACAAAGCCAGAAACAUGGCUCGACGCCUAGUGCCCGAGCCCCACACGUUCAAACCCAACAAUAUAAUGCAUGAAGUCAUGGAAACCUUUGGCAAUAGCAACAAAUUCGCCGGCCAGGCGUACGUCGUACGGCAUGUCAGUGAAUCCGUUUGUCGUGAAAAACGCAUUAUUUACCGCUUGCCCCCAUUACCCCGUGAUAUAUUGGACGUACCAGAGACAAUAUCCAUAGAAGAGCAGGGACACGAGACGGUGGAACAUAAGAGGGAUAUAGAGGAUGUGUUGAACGACUUGAGUAAGAUCACGCUGAAGAAAACUUUGAACAUCGAGAACAUCGAGAACACAACAGCGAACAUCAAACCACCGGAAGAUCCCCCACCUCCCGCUGUCGAAGAGAAAAAGUCCAAAAAGAACAAAGGGAAAAACAAAAGAAAAACAGUCAUAAAUAAGAAAAAUUCCACAACAAAUCUCCAGAUAGGCAGUCCGCUGGAUAGCGACGAUUCGGAGCAACUAGUCAAAGAGGUGGACAGCGUUAAGGUUCUCGAAAGCAACUGCAUGCCCGCCCGUCUCCUCAAAAUCACGUACAAACUAGUCAACACAGAAACCAAACUCCUGCACCGACUGCUGCAAGCCCACGGGCUCGUGGAGGCCGUGCCUGACGCCAAGGACGUCAACCUGCUGUGGUCCGGCCUACACCCCAAACCUGACGUACUCAGGUCCCUGUCGCCUUAUCAGAGGGUCAACCACUUUCCCAGAUCCUACGAGCUCACACGAAAAGACAAACUGUUCAAGAACAUCGAGAAAAUGCAAUACUUCCGCGGCCUUAAACACUUCGACUUCAUACCCACUACGUUUCUCAUGCCUGCCGAGUUCAAAGAGCUCUGUACGGCGCAUUAUAGGACUAAAGGGCCGUGGAUAGUCAAGCCUGCUGCUUCUAGCAGAGGACGAGGGAUUUAUAUUGUUAAUACUCCCGAACAAAUCCCAAAAGGCGAGAACGUGGUAGUCGCCAAAUACAUAGACAAGCCACUCCUCAUAGGCGGCCACAAAUGCGACCUCCGCCUCUAUGUGUGCGUCACAUCCAUAGACCCACUACUCAUAUAUCUGUACGAAGAAGGCUUAGUACGAUUUGCGACUGUGAAAUAUGACAAGACGAAUAAGAAUCUUUGGAACCCGUGCAUGCAUCUGUGCAACUACAGUAUUAAUAAAUACCAUACGGAUUAUAUCAAAUGCGACGACCCAAACGCGGGCAACAUCGGCCACAAAUGGACGUUGUCCGCACUGCUGCGCCAUCUACGGAAGCAGGGCCGCAACACAACAGCCCUCAUGGCUUCCAUAGAAGAUCUAGUAGUCAAGUCUGUUCUGUCGUCUGCGCAGACCAUAACAGCCGCUGCGAGGGUGUUUGUGCCUAACUUCUUCAACUGCUUUGAGUUGUUCGGAUACGACAUCCUCGUCGAUGAUAUGUUGAAACCGUGGCUUCUUGAGAUCAACUUAUCACCCAGCUUAGCAUGCGAGAGUCCCCUGGACGCACGAGUGAAGUCAGCGCUUCUAGCUGACACGCUGACGUUAGUAGGCCUCCCGGCCGUGUCCAUGGGCAAAACGGAGGCAGCGCCGCAAAACUCGCUCAAGAUGAGGAUCGGAGCGGUAAGUACUAAGUACAUACAUACUGUAGUUACUUAUUUGGUAUUUAUCGAGGAGCUCGCGCCGCGCUCACCAGCGAGGGCGGUCCGAGCUCAGUACGCCAGGAGAGGCGGCUUCGUGCGCAUAUUCCCGAGCCAGAACAGCUGGCAGAAGUACGCGCAGUACCUCGACCCCGUCUCCGGCAUCCCCGUCUGCUCCACGUCCCUGAACAACAACGUGCCAUACAACGUGGUCCCGCACAACUACAACCUGCUGAUCCACGCGCACGUGCUGCCGCACUUCGCGCACGCCACCGCCGCCACCAGCGCCAGCACCAGCCUCGCGCCGCAGCCCAUGCCCACGCCCAACAGAUUAAAACGUUACGAGACAGUAACAAUAACCAGUACAGCGCCGGCCAUCAACUUGUCGGAGCACACGCCAGCACCCGCGCCCAACGACACACGACACGCCAAGACACUGGUCAAGAAACAGCUCGCCGACGGAAUGAGGCUCACGAUGGGCGAAGUCCGGCGCGCCUUCGGGCUCUACCUCACGCACAUCCUGAAGCGGAUCUCGUGCCCCUCCAACGAGCUGGGCGCCGCGCACGCCGGCCUCGUGCUGCGCUUCCUCAAGCGCGCCUCCAACACGCUGCGGAUGCCUUACAAUGUAAAGGGCCCGUCAGCCAAGAUGUGCGACAAGGACCGCUGCGCCGUCGUCGCUAAGCAGCUCAACGAUUUCCUCUACAUGUACUACCGCGAGACGGACCUAUACACCGACAGUGAAGACAGAGAGAACUGCGUGUCUAACAUCAACUUUGCGCAGUUCUUGUACUCUGCCAGCGAAGCAGACCUAGAAGACGUACUACUCCUCCAGCUAAAGAUGGAAAACUACGUGACUCUGUUCCUGAGCGACACCCGAGCGCCUUACUGUGUGGACCUGCCCCCGACCAAACUCAAUAGCACCGGCCGACACACACUACUCAAGUACCUCGCGUGUCUGGCUCCCAUCAAUACUAGGAGAUUCAGACCACCCUCCGACACAUCCAGCAACAAAAACGAGGCGGAGGACUCCCUGCACUCCUCGCUGCCCUCCUUCACCGACUCCGACGUCGUCAUCAAAGAGUCCAUGAAGCAGGAGAAACCGCUGCCCCAAGCCUUGAAGUACGCCAGGUCAUAGCACAGGGUUCUGAACCACUCUCUAACUUUACCGCGCAUUCGCUCUUGAGCUUAGUGUGAGGCUGAGUACACGCGUGCGGCGGGGCGGGUGACAGCGUGACCAAAAAGAUGAGAAACUAAAAAGGGCCAACAUCGUAGUGUCAUCCCGUUUCCUCACACAUAUUGAUUUGAAAGGGAUGAGACUACAUCUUUUUAAAAUCUACUUUUUUGGUCAAACUGUAUGAGCUUCCGUUUGAGAUGCACGCAUCACGCCCUGUCCCGUUGCACGCCCAGUAUGAACGUGCACUCAGGCCUAUCUAGUGUUGUGGCGGAAAAUUGUUCCAGCAUUAAGACGCAGCGUAGCGAAAACUGCAAUUCAAUUUUGAUGUUAAGACUACCUAGUCACUACUGGUGGCGGCAACUUAUUCCAGCAUUCAGAUGCAGCAUAAUGAAAACUGCUUCUAAAUGACUGAUGCUAGAACACCCUUCCUGCAUCAUUUACACGCGAUUGUUAGGGCGUUCAACAUGAAAGAAUAUGUGUAACUGUAAGGUAUAGACCAAAACUGAUAUCAACGUACAUAAUGGUCUUUGUCACAAAUCGUAGGUAGUCUAUUUAAUAAUAUAUUACAACGUACUUAUUUCAAUUCUGCCACGUCAAACGUUGUAGUAUUUUUAUUCUAAAUAUUUAAAAUAUCGGUUUUAAUACCGUUAAUGCUAGAGCGGACGCUUUAUGACAACGACAUAGUAUUUUAACGUCGAGUAAAAAUAUAAUAAACAAAUAAAUUUCAUAUGUGUGUGUCCAUUUGAAUGCAUUUGCUGCAUAGCAAGUUUAAUAACACACAGAUUAUUAUCAAGUUCAAUAAAUUAGAACAAUUAGGUAGCUCCAAGUAUUUACCGUAAUUGUAUUUCAUAAUAUUCUGUGGUAUUUUUCAGAAUCUCUUAGCUAUGCUUACCUCGCUUGAAAAUGGAUGUGAAAAUAUAAUAUAAGGAUAUUAUUUAAUUUAUAAAACCACGUGAUAAUAAAGGUUUAAUGUGAAGUUAGGCCGCUAGAUUUUGGCAGUGUUAGUUAAGAUUUUGAAAGAAAUUCGUAGGUAUUAUGAUUAAGACAGUUUUUGCGUGCGGAUUUGCACUACGCUCUGGUGUGCGAGGGGGACGAUACUAUGAAGGUUCAUCGCUCUGUCUCGCUUACACGCCGGCUUAUCAACUUGAUCUUGUAAAACCAAAUACAUACACAAACUCACAACUAUACUCCCAAAAUGGGUAAACAGAGCAUAUGAAACCGUUCAACUUUCAGUACUACUCAAGGAAAUAAAACAAAAUUGUGAUGUUGCAGUGACAGAUUGUUAACCCAUAGCCCACUCCACAGAUGAAACCUAUAGUCGAACUAACAUCACCCACAGAAAGAAAAGGGGUGGUGAAAUUCUUAACCCGUCACCACAGCGGAAAAGCCAAAUAUCAUGAGACUAGUAGUAGGGUAAAACUGGGCCACGUUAAUUAUGUUAAAUAUAAUAAAGAAAAACUGUAAGAGAAAAUGAGCUUAGCUAAAUUGGAUGUGACAACCGAAAACCUCGAUGUAGUACAUUUAACAGAUAACUUAGAUAUUUUUAUCUGAUUUAGAUGAAGAAAGACUAGAAACCUUUGAAACAUAGGCCGCAUAUCGACACUACUUUGAAAAAAUCUCGUAUCUCACGCUGCUCAAAGUUAAAACGCAGUAAGUCUAUAUGCAUUCCAUACAUACUUACUUCAAUUUUCUUUUCAUUGACAGACGAAGAUACAAGUUUUUUUUAAAGUAGUGACGAUAUGUUUCCUAGUUAAUUCAAACCUUACUUAAAUUGAAAGUGUGUUUGGAAAACUCAUAAUCAAAACUUAAAAACCUUGAUUAAAUUGUCAUAAUUAUAUCACCUUAACAUUAAAAUAGAUUCAUCCGUUUUGAGCUACUAUAAGAAUCUGAAGUGGUGUAAAGAUUAUUGAAAUUUAUCUUCUUUUUCAUAUCAGAUAGAGUAGGUAGGUCCAUCUGCCCCUCUAGCACUUCUUGCCUUGUCGCGCGCGAGUCUAUACUUGAAGUCGCGCUUGAUGUAUGGACUCGCGCGCUACAAUGCAAGUUGUGCUAAAGGGUCUGUUCUAAAAUUCGAAUUUUCUAAAUUAUCAACAAUUUGCAUUAUCUUGAAAUAAUAAUAUGUAGCUAAAUUAUAUUUUAAAAGUAAUUUGAAAUUAAUGGAUCCAUCUUGAUCCCUAAGCUAAGAUUUGUCCUACGCAAAAUACAUGAUUUAUGUUACCUCUCAGUAUUUUACCAAAGAGAAUUCAAGAUACCUAUUCAGAACAACAUUAGGAAAACAGGUUUUUUCCUCACCGCUAGAAUGGAUAAAAAUGACGCAUUACACACAGAACACAGUGUUAUUAACUUGCAGUAUGUGUCAAAACUAUUUCCACCUUGAACGUUAGCUCUUGAAUCCCUCACUACGCUCAGGAUUCUAUUUUAAGAUCCCUCGCUUUGCUUGGGAAUCAAUUAUAAUGUAAUCCUUCGCUUCGUUCAGGAUUCAUAAAACGCUUUUGAUUACGUCAAUUGCAAUUUUUGCUUCCUUGUGACACAAUCUUUUAACAAGAUAGUACAAUAGCCAUCAUAUAUAUCAGAGCGGCCGGAGCUUGCAAAAAUAUCUGAACACGUUCUAUCAUCUUGACAAUAGAGGCGCGUAGAUAUUUGUGGGCACCUUUACCGCUGCGAUAUUUCUGAAGGCGAACAAUUUGAAUCCUAAGUCACUCUAGGACCUUGUCUUAUUGAUACAGUAACAAUAAGUACAAUAAGUCACUUUGACGUUUACUGUGAAAAGGUUCUACAGUCUAUGAUUCAAAUUGGUUGACUGUACACCCCUCUAGACUUAGCAUAGAUCAUACGGUGCUAGAACCAUCAAAGACGCUACGGGUAAUAUUUUAUUGGCCAACCAUUACCAAAAGUAUUACAUUGUAUAUUUAAUCUGAAAUGCGUUAAUUUUAUUAAAGAUUUAUUUUUUUAUAAUUUUACUACUCAUUAUGAAAUGAAACUGAUGAGCAGACGUCGAAUUUGGCUAGACGAGAGUGCUCAAAAAUAUAUCAAAGAUGUAUCCUAGUAUAAUAGAGAAUCAACUUUAACCCGCAUUAGAUCUGAUUCAUUAAUUUAAACUUUGAUUGACAAUUCUCCUGAUUUAUUUUAUUUAAGGUAACGCUAGAGACGUGAGACCUAUCAGGUUAAAAGUUGAUUCGCCUACCUAUUGUAUUAUAAACUAGACAGCCCCUAUUAUUUCCACUCUUUUUUGCCAGGCCGAGAAUUGAUGCCAAUGUAAUUCACCAAACAUUAUUUUAUGUAUUCUGUAAGAUAGAAGAUACGUCAUGCUUCCCGUACUUAAAUAGCUUCAAUUGUAAGACGAAUGUUAGAAGUGCUAUGCAAGUAGGUACAUAAUUAUAUGGACUGAGAUAUAACGAGCUAAUAACAAAGGUUGUUCUACAAACUUAAUAUAUUUAGCCGCUUUGCGUUUUCGUAGCUUCAAAUACUUAGUUAUUCAUUGGUUAAACCAUAUUCUACAUCUCAUGCAGACAUUAAAUAAUUAUAACAAGUUACAUACAUUUCAUAGUGUUGACAAGCAACUUUGAUUUUGCGUUACUAUAUUUAAAAACCUAUUUUUUUAUUUUAUUAACCAUGAAUUUUUUUUACCUACCUACCAUUGGCUGUGUCAAACAUGAUAGUACUUUUAUUUCCUGGCUAGCGAAAUAGAAUAACAAGCAAAACUAAAUCCACUCAAUUUAUCAAAAUUCCAAGUGUUUAAUUAAUAGUCAAAUAAUUUACAAUUAAUAUUUAAUGAGUAUUUUUAAUUUGCGUGACUGUAAAGGGCGGCUCCGCUUCUAAAGCAGAUUUAAUUACAUUUGAUUUUUUUGUUAAGUUUUUUUGUAUUAUUAUAAUUGCAUGUUAGCAGUAAGCAAGCCUACCAUUAAAAAGUUUAAAUCUGUAUUCAUUUUCAGUCAGUAUUAAAAAUACCGUUAUAUUAAACAUGUAUAAAGAUGGUUUUGUGUCCUUUGACACAUCAGAGUUUUAGGAAUUGAGGUAUUAUUUUUUUAUAAUUAUAAAUUUUCUUAUAUUUUAUUUGUUUAGCCGCGCUCUUUGCAUCUUAUGUACUCAAGUAGCCGACGCAAUAUAUUAGUGUUCAUUAGCAUAGGUACGAUUUAGCAUAGUGUUAGUGAUGCGAAAACCGAUGCUAGUCCGGAUAGGUCACACCUAGGCUACAGGCGUCAAAGUUUAUUUAUUUACAUCCCUAGUCCAUAGCUUGUCGCGGUAUAAGUAUUGCAAGCACUAUAUAAUAGACUUUCAUCAUUUGACCACCAUGUGUCGGACAUAGUCACCAAAUUUUAUAAUUUAAACCUUGGUACCUACCAUCUACAAAAAAAAAUAGUCCUGUCUCUCAAAUAUUUUUGCCACACUCAAUGUAUUUUAAAAAUGCUUGGAAUACUUUUACUGACCAUCAAAAUUAGCAUAUGAAAGAUUCAUUAUAUUUUAUGUACAGUAAAACUUAUUUCUACUCGCAGCAAAUUGAUAUGUUUUAAUUAAAAAUAUAAUAGUUUUAACAAGUUAAAUAAAAUUGUACUUAACUAAUUGUAGGCAUAUACCAAAUUUGUAUUUACUGUAAACAAGUAUUUUUAGAAAUUGCAAUGAAUGUACAUUUUACCGAUUCAUCCAUUCUGCGGAGUUCAAUAAUUAUACAUGAGGUCGGAGGAUACACAUGAUGGACAGAUUUUAAUAAUCAAAUAGUUUGUAUUGUAUCUUACUAAAUGCCUUUGGAUUCUAUAUUGAUUACUUAACGUUUAAAGCUAAAAUAAUAUAUGUUCACAAGAUUAUAUACUUACUGUUAAUAUUUUAAAAUCUACAGCUUGGAUCUUCUGCUUUCCAAAAAAAAAAUACAUUUAGUAAUGAUUGUCAAGCUUUCCCCAAUGUAUGAUAUAAAUUUUAAAUAUAUUAAAAAUGUAUUCCAUGAUUUGAUCUCCAUUAUUAUUUUAAAUGAUAACCAAAUUGUAUUAUUUUUAUAUUAUUCUUAAAUACUUGCUGAGCCUUGUGCCAUAUGCAUGCCACAAAAUGUUUUAUGCAUAUGUGUGCCAUAUGUAUAACACUAAUUUGUUACCGCAAUGUUUUAAGCAUAAAAUAUUACAAUAAUAUUAGAGAAGCUUUGCUCCGCCAAGUACAAAAUGAUGAAUUUAGUAUCCACCAGAAAUUUUAUCUCAUACUGUGAAAUAUAUUUUGAGCUAAUAAAUUGAACAUUUCA